CACCCUUCAGAAGCAUCAUCAUUUGCCAUAUAUCAGCAUCAACAUGAGAGCAAUUGUAUUGCUGUGUCUGCUGCAUGCAGCUUUCGGUCAGGACAGGUUUUCCUGGCACGGACCUUCUGAGAAUCCACCGCAGCAAGCCCCCGUUCAAAGCCAAGUGUGUGUUACUGACCAGGCGUCGUGCGGCUGCUGUCUAAUGCAGAAACAAAUUGGCAGGUUGGAGAAGUUCUUUAACAUGAGCAUUAACAAACUGAAGGACGAGCUCAUGAGCUCCAAAAUGAUCCUCAACAAUAUGAGAGGAAGCCGCAGCGCCUUCUCCGUCGCUCUAAACAACAGCCCAGCCAUGGCCUUCUAUGGCCCCUUCUCUAGUGAUAACAUAAUUAAGUACAAACAUGUCUUCAUCAACUUGGGAGACGGCUACAAUGUGGAGACUGGCAUCUUCACCGUGCCCCGCUCCGGUGUCUACAGCCUCUCCGUCACGGUUUACAGCUCUGCUCGCGUAUCCUUGAGCAACUGCGUCACUCUGCAGGUUAACAGCAAAAAUGUGGCUGACGCCAUUGAAAAAAGUGGUCAGGACCUUGAAGACAGCACCAGUGUUGUCGUGGCUGUGCAGCUGAACGCCGGGGACCAGCUUUCUGCCAGGCUGCACCAAGGAUGCUCCUUAAGCGACGACAUCAACCACUACAACACUUUCACUGGUUUUCUGCUUUAUGCUUCUGAUUAAGUUGGCAUAGUGUAGCCACUGUGUGCUUUGUACCAACGUUUGCCUAAUACAGCCAAAAUGUAAGCCUGCUAGAUGAAAAUUUUCUAUGGUGACAUCAGUGACUUGUUUUGUUCUUUCUGAGAUUGUAUGUCAUUAUGCUGAAGAGAUGUUUCUUAAACACUCUUAUGUGGAUUUACCCUUGAAUUACUACAGUUGUAUCUUUUUUUUUUAGACUGCUGAAGUGUCUUGGCUAUAACUGUUAUUGAUUUUGAUUUAGUUAUAAAUGUUAUAUUACUUGUCUGUGAAAUCUGUCAAGCCUAUAAAAAUGAUGAAAUAAAUCAGAUCUUUAAAAACACA